CUUUCGCUGCCAUUACCGCAUACCGCAGGAGGACAAGGGAGCGCAGUGCCCACAGACACAGCGAUGACUCUAUGUAUCUCACACCAUCCUUGCGUGAUGAGGGAUAUUUGAAUGCUGUUUAAAGUCUCGUCCACUGUCGGUAAUGCGAUACAAUUAUUACGACCCAUUUGUGAAGAGACUUAAAUGUGGGGCACUAGGGACCUAUACUCUCAAACAAUGGAUGUGGGUCAGAGCUUUAUGACUCAGCAACAACUAUGAGAGCAAAACAAAUGAGAAGACAACAGCAAGCUCAGAUCAAAUCACUGUUCACCUUAAGCUGCAGGUAUAUAAGCACUGAGAAACACAGCUGCCUUUAGUGCUACAUCUUCUUACCGAUACCUGGACAUUGGAGAAGAGAGACAAACUAUGCGUGAAUGUAUCUCCAUUCAUGUGGGCCAAGCCGGAGCCCAGAUUGGCAAUGCAUGUUGGGAGCUGUACUGCCUGGAACAUGGGAUCCAGCCAGAUGGACAGAUGCCCUCUGACAAGACUAUUGGAGGAGGAGAGGACUCCUUCAACACCUUCUUCAGUGAGACAGGGGCAGGAAAGCAUGUUCCCAGAGCAAUCUUUGUCGACCUGGAACCUACUGUCAUCGAUGAGGUGCGUACAGGAACCUACCGGCAGCUGUUCCACCCUGAGCAGCUGAUUACAGGAAAGGAAGAUGCUGCCAACAACUACGCCCGUGGACAUUACACCAUUGGCAAGGAGAUCAUUGAUCUGGUUCUGGACAGGACUCGUAAACUGGCUGAUCAGUGCACUGGCCUGCAGGGAUUCCUAAUCUUCCACAGCUUUGGUGGAGGCACUGGUUCAGGUUUCACCUCCCUGCUGAUGGAGAGACUCUCUGUUGAUUAUGGUAAAAAGUCUAAGCUUGAGUUUGCCAUCUACCCAGCCCCUCAAGUUUCCACUGCAGUUGUGGAGCCUUACAACUCCAUCCUGACCACCCACACCACCCUGGAGCACUCUGACUGUGCCUUCAUGGUGGACAACGAGGCCAUCUACGACAUCUGCCGCAGAAACCUCGAUAUAGAACGCCCGUCCUACACCAACCUCAACCGCCUCAUCAGCCAGAUAGUUUCAUCUAUCACAGCCUCACUUCGCUUUGAUGGAGCCCUCAAUGUUGACCUGACAGAGUUCCAGACCAACUUGGUGCCCUACCCUCGUAUCCACUUCCCUCUGGCCACUUACGCCCCGGUCAUCUCUGCUGAGAAAGCCUACCAUGAGCAGCUGUCAGUUGCCGAUAUCACUAACACCUGCUUUGAGCCAGCCAAUCAGAUGGUGAAGUGUGAUCCUCGUCAUGGUAAAUACAUGGCCUGCUGUCUGCUGUACCGUGGUGACGUGGUGCCCAAAGAUGUCAACUCUGCCAUCGCAGCCAUCAAGACCAAACGCACCAUCCAGUUUGUGGACUGGUGCCCCACAGGCUUCAAGGUUGGCAUCAACUAUCAGCCUCCAACUGUGGUUCCUGGUGGAGACCUGGCCAAGGUGCAGAGGGCUGUGUGCAUGCUGAGCAACACCACAGCCAUCGCUGAGGCCUGGGCCCGUCUCGACCACAAGUUUGACCUCAUGUAUGCCAAGAGGGCCUUUGUCCACUGGUAUGUUGGGGAGGGCAUGGAAGAGGGAGAGUUCUCAGAGGCCAGAGAAGAUAUGGCUGCCCUGGAGAAGGAUUAUGAAGAGGUGGGUGCUGAUAACAUGGGAGAGGAGGAAGAAGGAGAAGAAUACUGACUUUACUGAGGCCUGCACUUCAGCCAAAGUAAAUUGAUUAUUCAUCCCUAUUUUUAA